GCGACCCGGAAGCGGAAGCCGAGGAACGUUCUAGCGCCCUGAGGUAUCGGCGUGAGCGGCCGGGUGGCGGGAGGAGCCGUUACUGGAGCCGGAGCUGCGGGAUUAAGACCGAUCAAGAUGACCACCUCCCAAAAGCAUCGAGAUUUCGUGGCCGAGCCCAUGGGGGAAAAGCCAGUGGGGAGCCUGGCCGGGAUUGGUGAAGUCCUGGGCAAGAAGCUGGAGGAAAGGGGCUUUGACAAGGCCUAUGUGGUCCUUGGCCAGUUUCUGGUGCUAAAGAAAGAUGAAGAUCUCUUCCGGGAAUGGCUGAAGGACACAUGUGGCGCCAACGCGAAGCAGUCCCGGGACUGCUUUGGGUGCCUUCGAGAGUGGUGUGAUGCCUUCUUGUGAUGCUCUUUGGAGACCCCUCCACCCCCUGCCCCUGUGUUGAGUCUCCAGUGUUUGCAGCUGAGUGGAGACUCGUUCCUGCAAAAGAAAAGAUUGCUGUUGUUACACUCACCUCCAAUGUACACCAGGGUCUUUCGGGAGUUCUCUCCUUGUCAUUUCAACUUUUUUGGAAUUGCAUGCAUCCUCCUUCCUCUGCCACUUGCACACCUUUGAGAGUGAAUUCCUGGCCUCUUUCUUCCCCUCCCUCCCUUCUGGUCUGUUGAAUGCCAUUUGGCCCCUUUUUUGGUAGAAGUCACUGUCCUUGUAAAGUUUUUUAGAUCAAUAAAGUCAGUGGCCUUCAUGA